CCGGACCCGCAGGAGAUUUGAUCAAUAAGUUGGCAAAUGAUAACAAAGCCAUUGAUGAAGAAAGAGAAAUAACAUAAAUACGGGGGAGAAACGGGAGGUCUGCGUGGGCUGAGAAAGGCGAUAGGAAUCUACGUCAGAUCGGGGUGUGUGCGAAUUUGAAAUAAGAGUAUAAAUAGCGAAGGGGCAUCCUUUAUGAAAACACCGGCAACGAGCAGGGAGUGCGAGAGGAAAGCUGCGUCUCGGAGAAACAUUAGCCAUCGCUUGGAUAUUACUUUGUUUGCUUUUGUUGUUGUUUUUUUCCAACUAUUAGUCCAAAAAUUAUAUUAGAAAUCCCUCAAUUGGUCAUAUUUAUACUGCGCAUUUACUUGAUCCUUUUUACGCUGUAUAACAUGAUUCGAUUUCUGUUUUUGCUGCCCGUUCUGUAUUAUGAAGUGAACGCCAUGGUUUUGGAUUCGAACACCAUUAGGAUAACCGGGGAGGGUGGGCUGAACCUGGCCAAGGGUACUCGUUGCCAGGUGGACAGCGACUGUCGGUCUGGAAACUUCUGUCACAAAACAAGUGAUAAAGAACCACUUUGUAAGGUGUGCCAUCCUCUGCGAAGGCGUUGUCAGCGUGAUGCCAUGUGCUGCCCAGGGACUCUCUGCAUCAAUGAUGUCUGUGCCCGGCCGGAGGAGGUGGUGACUGUCAGAAGCAUUACUACUGGUCAGGACAUCUCUGCAGCUAAAGGAAAGAACAGACAGCGCAUUCUCGAGAACAAGCCUAAAAAGCAAUCCAGCAGUAAAGGACAGGAAGGUGACAACUGCCUACGGACCUCAGAUUGUGCACCUGGAUAUUGCUGUGCACGCCACUUCUGGGACAAGAUUUGCAAGCGCAUGCCCAAGGAGGGAGAGGUGUGCUCUAAACGGGGACGAAAAGAGGUCCCCCAGAGCCAUGAGCUGUUUCAGCGUUGUGAGUGUAGCCCCGGCCUCAGCUGUCGACUUCAGAGUGACAACAAAGACAAACAAAAUUCUCGACUUCGAGUGUGCCUGCGGCCCUUAGAAGGUUCCACAAAAAAGGAAGCUGGCAGCAGCUCAAAAAAACUUAAAAGGAAGCGGAGACACUGA